UGCAGCCUCAGCUCGGGGCGCUGCUGUUACUUCUCCACGGGUUCGGCCACCACACAGCAGUUCUCUGACCAGGACGGCGUGUCUGUCUUCUGCAAUGUCACACUCUGGGUGGAAACCCAAGCCAUGAACCGGACAGAAAGGUCUCCUGAGAUUACCCUGCAACUCUACAACUCAGUUAGGUACGACCCACCCUGGACAAACAUCAAGCUAUCCAGGUUAGCAGGGCAGCUGCAAAUGGAAUGGGAGACCCCGGACCUCCAGUAUGGCGCCGAGGUACAAUUCCGACGCCGGACACCCAACAGCCCAUGGAAAUUGGGCUACUGUGGACGUCAAGAUGCCUCUGAAAUAGAGACCUGCCUCUGCCCCCUGGAGGUGGAUGCCGCCCAGGAGUUCCAGAUACAGCGACGGCAAGUGCUGGAGACCGGGGUCCCUGGAGGUCCCUGGAGCAGCUGGAGUCACUCCGUGUGUGUCCCCCCAGAAAUCCCCCCACAGCCUGAGAUGAGCCUCCUUCUGGAACCCCUGGACCAGAAUGGGAAAAGAAAACUGACCCUGCGUGGACAGCUGCCCCAGCUGGAGCUUCCAGAAGGUUGCCAUGAACCCGAGCGUUUGAGAGGCUGCCGUGGGCCCACAUCCCACGUGGGAAUGAUCUACUGCGUUCGGCUCCACAUGCUGUCCUGCCCGUGUAAGACUCCGGCCACCAGGCUGCUGUCCCUGCGGAGAAAUCUCUCCCUCUCUGGCGGUGCCUACGACGUGGCUGUUGUCUCCUGGAAUCGCUUUGGCCCCGGCCCCAAUCAGACAUGGCACAUCCCGGCCAUCAACCACACAGAACCAGGGUCUCUGAAUAUCAGCGUCGGGGUCAAUGGCACCACCAUGCGCUGGCCGGCCCAAGCGCAGGUCGUGACAUACUGCAUCGAGUGGCAGCCCUGGGGCCAGGACGGGGCCCAGGAGGGGACGGAGGACGGGGGCCAGGCCACCUGCACCCUGACUGCGCCCCAGGGCCAGGACCCCGCCGGAAUGGAGUACAGCUGGGGCCCAGAGUCGAGGGUGAUGGAGAAGGAGGAGUGUUACCGCAUCACCAUCUUCGCCUCCGACAAUCUGGAGAAGCUGACCUCGUGGUCUACGGUCCUGUCCACCCACCACUUUGGGGGCGAUGCCUCGGCGGCCGGGACUGUCCACCCGGUCUCCGUGAAGAAUCACAGCUCGGACUCCGUGUCGGUGGCCUGGACGCCGUCCCCCCUGAGCGCCUGUCCCGGAGUCCUGACAGAGUACGUCGUGCGCUGUCGCGAGGAGGACACCCGCCAGGUGUCAGAGCUGCGCGUGAAACCCACAGAGACCCAAGCGACCCUCCGUGGCCUGCGGGCUGGCGCCGCCUACUCCGUGCAGGUGCGAGCAGACACGGCCUGGGUGCAGGGCGCCUGGAGCCGGCCCCAGCACUUCCGCCUGGACGUGCCGGUGCCUGUCCUGUUCAGCCUCCUCCUGUCUCUGGGGAGCUUCGUGAGCAUCCUCGUCCUGGGCGCCCUGGGAUACCUCGGCCUGAGCAGGGCUGCCCGGCACCUGUGCCCACCAUUGCCCACGCCCGGUGCCAGCUCGGCCAUGGAGUUUCUCAGUAGCCAAGGGAAGCAGCCCCCCAAGGCGGCCCGGGGCGCCUCCUGGAAUCCCACCCCGCUGCUGCGUUGA